GGCGGUCACAUUCAAGGUGCUAUAAACAUCUACACUGAGCAAGGAAUCCAAACCUUCAUGGAAAGUCGUCUUCAUUUCACAAAGAACGAUAUUUUGAUAUUCCACUGUGAAUUUUCGUCACACAGAGGACCUAAGCUAAUGAGGUUUCUUCGAAGUAUGGAUCGCAAACAAAAUAGCCACAGAUAUCCAGAGCUUAACUUUCCCGAAAUUUAUCUUUUAGACGGAGGAUACAAAGCAUUUUAUCAACACAACAAGGUUCAAUGUAAUCCUCAAGCUUACCUACCAAUGUUACACGAAGAUCAUUCAAAAGACUUACGCCAUUUUCGUGUCCGAUCAAAGUCGUGGACAGCCGGAGAAAAGCGAACAAGAUCUCGACGAGUCAUUCGGUCGCCCUAUUAA